AUGAUAGGUGAACUGGAUUCAGACGUUGUUGUACGCUACUUCAGAGGCAAGAGCAUCCUGAUCACUGGUUCAACUGGCUUCCUGGGGAAAGUGCUUGUGGAGAAGAUACUGAGGGUUCAGCCGGAUGUCAAGAAGCUCUUCCUGCUUAUUCGAUCCGCCGAUGUCGAGUCUGCGAAGCAGAGGGUCGAGACUGAGGUGACAGGAAGGGAGAUCUUUCAAAUUUUGAAAGAAAAGCAUGGCAAUGGGUUUGAAGGUUUCAUCCAAGAAAAAGUAUGCCCUUUGCCAGGAGACAUCAUGUAUGAGAACUUGGGCCUAGGCCCUGCCAAACUGAGAGAAAUAUGGAAAGAAAUAGACAUCAUUGUCAACGGAGCUGCAACUACAAAUUUCUACGAAAGGUAUGAUGUGGCUUUUGACACAAAUGUCAUGGGAGCCAAGCACAUCUGUGAGUUUGCAAAGAGGUGCAGUAAACUCAAGAUGCUGCUACACGUUUCAACAGCUUAUGUAGCCGGUGAACAAGAAGGGAUAGUGCUAGAGAAGCCAUUCCAUUUGGGUGAAACCCUGAGGGAAGGCACGCACCUGGACAUCGAAUCCGAACUAAAUCUGAUAAAAGAGACCAGGAGAGAACUGAAAACCAACCGUUCUUCAGAAAAGGCUGAGAGAAGAACCAUGAAGGAGCUUGGCCUCAACAGGGCAAGGGAGUUCGGGUGGCCAAACACCUAUGUGUUCACCAAAGCCAUGGGGGAGAUGCUGCUGGGGCACCUUCGAGGAGAUCUCCCAGUCGUCAUCGUCCGGCCUAGCAUCAUAACCAGCGUCCUGAACGAGCCGUUGCCUGGAUGGAUGGAAGGUGUCAGGACAAUUGACUCGUUCAUCAUCGGCUACGCCAAGCAGAAUCUGUCAAUCUUCUUAGUUGACCUCGACUUGAUAAUGGACGUGAUUCCCGGGGACAUGGUGGUGAACGGCAUGAUGGUGGCAAUGGCGGCGCACUCGGUGGAGCAGGCGCAGCAGCAGAGCAUCUACCACCUGACGUCGUCGGUGCGGCACCCGGCGCCGUACGCCGUCCUCGCGGAGUGCGUCCACCGCUACUUCCUCCACAAUCCACUGAUGAGGUCUGGGGGCAAGAACAGCGAGCCCCUGCGGCCUAGCAGGAUGCGCUUCUUCCGCACGCUCCCCAGGUUCCGCGCGUACAUGGCCGUCAAGUUCAGGCCUCCACUCGAGGUCCUGCGCCUGCUGAACAUUGCCCUGUGCGGCGCUUUCUCCCGGCUCUACCACGAGCUCGGCAGGAAGUACAGAUACGUCAUGCAUAUUGCAGAGCUGUACGCGCCAUACGCCUUGUUCAAAGGAUGCUUUGAUGACUCCAACACGGAGAGGCUGAGGGUGGCGAUGGCGAGCAACGACGGGCAAGACAAAAGCAGCAGGGGAUAUGAAGACUUUGGUUUCGAUCCCAAGUGCAUAGACUGGGACGACUACUUCUACAGGGUUCACAUCCCCGGUGUUGUCAAGUACCUGUGUGAUUAG